CGUUAUACAAAAAGCCCUUGUGCCCUUGUUUGUCAGAGUUUGUUUAACAGAGCUUCAUUUGCCCGCGCACCAGACUGGCCCGUUGUUCCUUUAGUCCGAUCAUUGUGUCUAUACUUCCAUGUAUAGUAUCAGUUAGCACUUACAUACUAUAAGGCACUGUGGGCCUCAGCCUGCUGAGCCUAAAAUGUUACAGUCCGGACGCGGCACCGCAGCGAGUAGACAUGGCUUAGGCAGUAGCUAUAAUGCUCCAGCGUCAGCACGCACAUGGCAUAGGGUGGGCCCAUGCGGCAUACCGCUGACCCAGCCUCGCGCCGCUCGGACCGCCGGGCGCCUCGGCCCCUCGGCGACCGCCGGCGGUGUGGCCCGCGGCCUGGCGUGCAGCUCCGCAACCAGCGGCCCGGCGGCGGCAGUGCUCAGCGAAGGCGGCCCCCUCCUUCCCGCCACCGCACCUGCUGCCACCGGGGCUGGCGGCGGUCUGCGGCAGCUACUGCCGCUAGCCGCCUGGGCCCGUCAAGCUGCACCAGCGCCCGCCCCUGCCGCACCUGCAGCAGCCGGGGCGCGCAGCUGUCUCCUACAGCCGGGGCGGCGCGCGCAGCAGCAGGUGCUGGCGGCUGGGGGGAGCUGCAAGGAGUCAUUGAUCAGCGGCUGGCGGUGUGGUGCGAGCGGCAAGACGUGAUCGCCAUGUCAGCUGCCUUCGGCCGUUGUGGCAAGCUGGAGUCCGCACACGCCAGCGGGCCCGCCGCCACAGCCGCGGCCCGUGCUGGCAUCAUUGCGGCCCUUGCGCCUGCUCUCCUUCCGCUCGUGCCGCGCAUCCGCCAGCCGGCCGGCUGCAGCCUUCCGCUGUGGGCACUGGCGAAGGCCGGGGCUGCCAUCGACGGGCGUGUGGAGUCAGAGCUGGCGCCGGCACUGCUGCAGCGGCUGGUGGAUCCAGUGUUGCUGGACAGUGCCACUCCCCAGGCCCUGGCGAACGCACUGUAUGCCCUGGGCAAGCUGCGGGAGGACCAGCAGCAGCGGGGCUCGGGCUGGGACCCCACCUCAUCGCCGCACCUGAACGCACUGGCGAGCGCUGUGGCCUCGUGGCUGCGCGCGGCGAGCGGGCAUGGCUUUGAGCCGCAACAUGUUUCUAACAGCCUGUGGGCGUGCGCCAAGCUGGGGUACCGCGACUCAGACCUUCUGCGGCCGUUGGCGGAGGCGGCCGCAGCCCUUGCCCCGGACAUGAAUGCGCAAGGCCUGGCCAACAGCCUGUGGGCGCUAGAGGUCCUUGGCUGCACCGGACCGGCGUUUCGGGCAGUGCUGGAGACGCUGUGUGGUGCGGCGCUGCGGCAGCUGCGAACACCGAAGGAAGCUGAAGCAUUCAAGCCGCAGCACCUGUCCAACAUCCUGCUGGCGCUGGAGGGGCUGCCGCUCGGGAGCUCCGCAACCAGCGGCCCGGCGGCGGCAGUGCUCAGCGAAGGCGGCCCCCUCCUUCCCGCCACCGCACCUGCUGCCACCGGGGCUGGCGGCGGUCUGCGGCAGCUACUGCCGCUAGCCGCCUGGGCCCGUCAAGCUGCACCAGCGCCCGCCCCUGCCGCACCUGCAGCAGCCGGGGCGCGCAGCUGUCUCCUACAGCCGGGGCGGCGCGCGCAGCAGCAGGUGCUGGCGGCUGGGGGGAGGUACGGCAGUGGCGGCACCAGUCACAGGAGCAUAGACAGGAGCAGCAGCAGCGGACAUGGCGGCAUCGGCAGCAGCCGCAGUAGCAGUGACGCUGGGGGGAGGGCAGGCGGAGGUAGGGCAGGCGGAGGCCGUUGGGCUGGCGGCAGGACGGGCGGUGCCGGUGACAGGAGUGGCGGCGGAAGAAGGGCGCGUGACCCCGCGGAUGACAUGACCGUGUGUCGGACUCUGGAGCAGCUGCAAGGAGUCAUUGAUCAGCGGCUGGCGGUGUGGUGCGAGCGGCAAGACGUGAUCGCCAUGUCAGCUGCCUUCGGCCGUUGUGGCAAGCUGGAGCCCGCACGCGCCGGCGGGCCCACCGCCACAGCCGCGGCCCGCGCCGGCAUCAUUGCGGCCCUUGCGCCUGCUCUCCUUCCGCUCGUGCCGCGCAUCCGCCAGCCGGCCAGCUGCAGCCUUCCGCUGUGGGCUCUGGCGAAGGCCGGGGCUGCCAGCGACGGGCGUGUGGAGUCACAGCUGGCGCCGGCACUGCUGCAGCGGCUGGUGGAUCCAGUGUUGCUGGACAGUGCCAUUCCUAUAGACCUGGCGAACGCACUGUAUGCCCUGGGCAAGCUGCGGGAGGAUCAGCAGCGGCGGGGCUCGGGCUGGGAUCCCACCUCAUCGCCGCAUCUGAAAGCGCUGGCGAGCGCUGUGGCCUCGCGGCUGCGUGCGGCGAGGGGGCACGGCUUCAAUGCCCAGGACGUUUCUAACAGCCUGUGGGCGUGUGCCAAGCUGGGGUACCGCGACUCAGACCUUCUGCGGCCGUUGGCGGAGGCGGCCGCAGCCCUUGCCCCGGACAUGAAUGCGCAAGGCCUGGCCAACAGCCUGUGGGCGCUAGAGGUCCUUGGCUGCACCGGACCGGCAUUUCGGGCAGGGCUGGAGACGCUGUACGGUGCGGCGCUGCGGCAGCUGCGAACACCGAAGGAAGCUGAAGCAUUCAAGCCGCAGCACCUGUCCAACAUCCUGCUGGCGCUGGAGGGGCUGCAGCUGGGAGGCAAGCAGUCCGAGCGGCUGGCGGCUGCAGUAGCAGUGGAGGCCAUGCGGCGGGGCUUUGCCGGCUGUAACCCACAGGAGCUCAGCAACUCGGCGUGGGCCCUGGCCAAGAUGGGGUAUGGGGCCGGUGCAACGCCGAAAGCCAUGGAGCAGUGCCCCUGGUACGCGGCCGCGGUGGCAGCAGCUCAGCGGCCCGGGGUCAUGGCCAGCGCCAAGCCGCAGCAUUGGGCCAACCUGCUGUACGCGCUGGCAUUGGUGCGCCACCAGCCGCCGCCCGCGCUGCUUGACGCAGGCGCGGCAGCGGCGAUGCAGCGAGGCAAAGCACAGGAGUGUGCAAACACGCUGUGGGCGCUGGCGGUGCUGCAGCUGCGUAACGCCGGCUUGGAGGCGGCGGUGUGCGGCCGGCUGGGCGAGCUGCUGCAGCGAGAGCCGGAGUCGCUCGUUGCACAGGCCCUUUGCAACAGCCUGUGGGCGCUGGCGGUGCUGGCAGGCGGCGGUGUCCCUGCUAGCCCGGCUGCCUCUGCGCUGGCCCCGGCGCUUGUCCGUGAGGCCGUGCGGCGCCGUGAGGAGUUUCAGACCGAGGAGUUGCGUCAGCUCUGGCAGGCGCAACAUGAGCUGGGCGGCGAGGUGGCGGAGGCUCUUGCCCGCAGCCCCGACCUGCUAGCCGCGAUGGAGGCGGCGGUAUCUGCCAAGCGGGCGACGGGGUCGACCACCAGCAGUACGCAGGAGCAGGUGGCAGAGGCGCUUCAGCGACUGCUGCAGAAGGGUCGCCUGCCCAUCGUUUCGGUGCGGAUGGAGGUGGUAGUGGAGGGCGUGCUGGGGCUCGUGGAUAUGGUGGCGGACUGGAGCGACGGGCGGAGAGUGGCCAUUGAGGUGGACGGUCCAGACCACUUCCUCACCCACCGGAAGGACGACCCGUCCGCGGUAAUCGGGUCCACGGCCCUGCGCAACCGGCAGCUGCGGCGGGCGUUUGGGGAGGGCGGCCUGCUGUGUGUGCCGUACUGGGAGUGGUACGGUCUGCGGACGCCUUCCACUCAGGAGGCCUACCUGCUGCAGCAGCUGCAGGAUCUGCUAUCGGGCGCUUCGUCAGGAACAGCGGCAGGGAAAGGCAGCGCCGCCGCCCCUCGCCACCAGCAGCAGCGGACGGCUCAGCCGCAGCCGGACACUGCCAAUAGCAGCACCACCGCCACCACCACCACUACCGCUAGCAGCAGCCAGAAACGACGCAUCCUCGUUGUCCGCAGAAAGGCUCCAAAGCAGGAGGCGGCCGGCGGCGGUGGGGCGGGAGAGGCCUCGGGCGCAACAGCAGCUGCAAGGACGGUACCGGCGGAGGCUGAGGUGGCGGCCCCUGCCCGGCAGCAAUCAGCGGAAAAGGCGCAGCGGCUUCCCAGCAGUGGCGCUGGUGGCGGUGCUGGCGAGGGCGGAGGAAACGGAACUCCUCUGGCGCCGCAGCCUCCACCACCACAGCAGCAGCGCGUGUCAGCGCCCCGGGCGCGCCGCAGCAGCAGCCAAAGCCGUAGCCGCAGCAGCCAGGCGGGCUCGCCUUCUCCUGCUCCACCGGUUGAGGCCCCGCCGCCGGAGCAGGUGCAGGCGGCAGCGCCACCCAGGCGGGCCGCGGGUGGGAAGCGGACUGAGCGGAAAGCGGCGGCGGCUCCGGCAGCAGGCGGCGGUGGCGGCGGCGGCGGCAGUGACCCCGGGGCGGUGGUGGUGCCAGCCGCGGUCUCUGAGAAGCGAUUGUCGGUGGUGGCCGGGGAGGCGGACUCGUCGGCAGCAGCUGUAGAAUGUGGUGGUGGUGGUGAUGGCAGCGGCGGGGGCCUGCCCGCGGGCAGCAGGCGGGGGCAGGCGGUGGGGACCGGCAGGCGCGCGGCACAGAAGCCUUGCAGCAUCGAGUGACCGAAAGGGGGCGGAGCAGUCAAUGGGGUAAAUGAAUUCGGCACAAACAUGCACACGUCUUGUGAUUUGCGUUCCGUUACUCCUUGUGUACUGGCCAAGCAUAUGCGUGGGUAUAUGGAGCACUGAGUGCAACAUGCUAGGGCGCGACGUAACGGCGAGCUUUGGCUUUGUGUGGUGCGUAUUUGGUGCGAUGCCCAGUACGGUAGGCAUCCGUGUUGACCGGCAGGCAGGUGAGCGGCCGUGAGGCCCAUGGGUGGCCGUACAUGGGGUGUAGUGAGGGGCGUGGCAUGAGAGGAGUCAGCGCACACAUACCAGCUAGGUAUUGACACGUGCACACACGGCGCGUCAAAGGCACCAAGUUUGCGGCAUGCUGUAUGUGUUUUGUGUGUAGGUGCGCAGGGUCACGGGUCUGCGGUGGCAGUGGCUGUGGCCCGGGGCGUGUGUGUGUCUCUGUGUUGGUGGCGGCUGACGUGGCGAGCAGGCGUGACGCUGGGGGACAGGCGGAGGAGGGGGCGGAGGCAGCGGUGGAAGCUUGGGGAUUGCAGUGCGUGUAGCAGGCCUUAGAUUGGCCCGGUUGGCUGACAAUACGAGGUGCAGCAUGUCUGUGGUGGGGUUCAUGCCCAUCGGUAUUCCUCCUAGAUGUGUGGAGGCAGCACAGCCAGCACUGAGGCUAACAUCAAGUUCAUG